UGCCUGAUGUGCCAGCAUGUGUGCAGAGUGGCAGCCCAGAGAUGUGCAGAAACAAAUUUGCCUUGGGUCACGCCAAGAUCAAAAAAUGUUCCCUCUCCACCUUGCUCCAAACAAGAUGGGAACCCAGCUAGCAGCCAUCAGGGGAAACCGCUUCCUAGGGCCAGGCGGCUACUGCAGUCAGGAGGAAAGCAGCUUCAGGUACUCCUUUGGAACAAAACCACUGAGCAUGAAAGGUUACGUGAUAGGAGCCCGAACGGCCCGGCGAUUCGUACCAGAGCCACGGACGGUGACUCCCGGACCAGGAACAUACCAGCCAUUCUGCAAUAAGGAGAGAAAACGCCAGUCUAACUAUGCUCCAUUUUCCUCUAAGACACCACGAUUUCCUGAUAAACCUCCAAAGAAAGAACUUUUCCCUGGACCUGGAACUUAUGAUGCAGACAAGCGAUUACACAAAAAGAUCACUUGGCCAAUGAAGUUUGGAUCUCCAGAUUGGUCUUUAGUGCCAAUGCCAGCGAAGAGGAUGCUAAAAAUGGAAGUUCAGAAGCUGAUCGUGGACAGAGAAUUCAGGAAGUAUCGGAACCGCGUGGCCUACCUGAGUUUGUAUGAGAGCUGAACAGCGAUGCAUCCUGUG